AUGAAGUUCAGCGUCAUCACUGUUGCCUUCUUCGCCGGCGCCAACGCCUUCGUCGCCACCCCCGUCGAGCGCUCGCCCCCCUCGCUCGUCGGCCGCGACCUCGCCACCGUCACCAACGUCCUCAACGAUGUCAAGGCUGGCUUCAACAACCUCCAGGCCGCCGCCACCGCCUUCGACGGCGAUGCCGGCCCUCUCAAGGCCGAGGCUGCCUCGGUCAUCGCCAAGGUCGAGGCCGGCACCACCGCCGUCCAGAACAUGACGCCCCUGACCGUCAACGAGUGCCUCUCGCUCGUCUCUCCUUCCAACGCCCUGGCCACGCAGGGUCAAUCGCUGGUCGACGAGCUCAAGAGCCGCCUGGCCGACGUGCAGACGGCCAAGGAGUGCGACACCGUCCGCAACUUCCUUGACACGGGCGUCACUGACGCUACUGCGCUCGUCGCUGCCAUCAAGGCCAAGUCGCCCACCGCUGUCCAGAGCGUCGUCCAGACCCAGGGUAACAAGAUUCUCAAGCCGCUCCAGGACGGCCAGGCCGCCUUUGCAGUUGGCAAGUGCGUCAAUGCUGCCUAG